CGACAUUUGGAUGUCUUUAAUGCGCAUGCGCGUGUGUGAGUCCACCGCGGAAGUGAUCUCGCUAUAUGACUACAGGUUGUUUUUGUCUUCAGUCGAGGCAAGAUGAUUUUGACGUGAGGUGGCGUGUGACAGAUUGAUAACUAACUAGUUAACUGGAGUUAUCAGAUCACCUACACCACAGUGUGAUCAGUUUAUUAUUAAAUGGACUGAAGAGGGAUAAUAAGGAGAGAAAAUGACAGCUCGGAACACUGUAACUGGUGGACUGACCAACAGCAAAGUGAGAUACUCCAAACUAGCCAGUGAUGAUGAUGGCUACAUUGACCUUCAGUUCAAGAGAAGCCCACCCAAGGUCCCCUAUAAGGCAAUCGCCCUGGCUGCUGUUCUCUUUCUCAUCGGCUCCAUUUUAAUCACCAUUGGCGCUCUUCUCUUAGCAGGAUACUUUGAAGUUCAUGAUCACCGUGAGCGCACCAUACCGGUCCUCAUCAUUGGAAUUCUAGUCUUCAUUCCAGGAUUCUACCACUUACGGAUUGCCUACUAUGCCUAUAAGGGUUACCGCGGCUAUUCUUACGAUGACAUCCCAGACUUCGAUGACUAACAUGGAACAGUGUUUUACCAGUGUUUAUAUCUGAUCUCUGAAGACACAGAUCUAGACUUCAAUCUAAAGAGGCUUGAAUUUGUGCUAGAUUUCAUGUUGCAUCUUAAAGCUGGUAACCUGAGCCUCAAGAAUCCAACAUACGGAUUUAUAUUUCAUAAAAUGGAAAAAUUUAGCAUUUGUGAUGCUUUUCUUAUAAUGCUGAUUAAAAAGGAGGUAAGAGAAAGUAAGCAAUUUUGAAUGUAUAGUUAUUUUCUGUUCAACUUUUUACUCUUUUGUUUGAUGUGUUACUACUUUUAAUACUAUGGAUAAUAAAUAAAUGGGGUCCUAAGAAGAACAGGAUCUUGUAAUUUUCCCUGGGUCAAACAGAGGUCUGUUAGAUCACAAAGGUUAAUAAUCAAUUUGAUAGUAAUACAUUAUGAUUAGUUGUUCCCAUGACAGGUUCCCUGCUGAAUAUUUAAUCUUGAAUAAUUUUAAUAUUGAAUAAUAAAAUUUUAUCUGUUGAAAAUGCUGA